UACGCAACUGCCGUAAAACAACUUCUUCUGUUGCAAUGGCGUUUGCGGCAGCAGGGAAAUCGAGGGGAGAGCAGUGACAAACGUCGCCAACGGUCACAUUAUCUCCUCAGAGUCGCUCGGAUUUUUACAAUAUUCGGCUCGCUGUUUCAGAUAUUGGUUGUGUAAUUAUUCGCUUCGUGAAUGAGAUUGUGUUGGACGUUUCCGAAGCGCGUCUCUCCACUUUAAUGCGGUGGGAUGGCCACAGUGCCGCCUGGGCCUAGUAACGCACUGCCUUCAUCCCCGGUUGAAGUUGCUCCGUUCUCCGGGGCAGGGAGAGCGGAGCCGGCGGUGGAAGCCGGAGAGGCGACCUACCGCGUGGAGGACAGCGUGUCCGCCGGUACGGGCAAGAAGUCGCAGCCGGCGAACGAGGUCAAAGGGUCGGCCAAGAAGAAGCAUAAAAACAUGCUAGCCCGGGCUAGCCCGGCGGCGCUCCACUUGAAAAUGCAAGCCGGAGAGCAGCAGCAGCUAAAUGGCUUGGUCAGCCCCGCGGAGGACCCUGACGACCACCAGCGCGCAGGGGGCCGACCCGACAAUCUCAAACCGUCCGAGGACAACUGUGACAGCAGCUGUGGCAGCGAGGCUGCGGCCGCCAUGAACAGAACGGAGCACUGUCAGCACGUAGGCCACAACCCCUUCUCCAAAAACGGCAACCACUCUCCUGUGACUAACAGCAGCGUGAACGGGAUGCCGGCUUUCACGAGAACCGAGGCGGCCCACGCAGUCGAGGACCAGUUUGACCACACGCAGCCCAGAAGAGAACCGGGUGACAGCGACGGGCCCGGUGGGGAGGAGAGUCCGGCCGAGCCGCAGCUGCAGCCGCCGGCCGUGGAGCUGGCCCGGCUGGACCUGAGCGGCUCUCCCGGUAGAGCAGAGGGAGACAGCCACGGCAUCCGCUAUGUCCGCUACGAGUCCGAGCUCCAGAUGCCGUGGAUCAUGAGACUAAUCACCAAGGACUUGUCUGAGCCUUAUUCAAUUUACACGUACAGGUACUUCAUCCAUAACUGGCCGCAGCUUUGCUUCCUGGCCAUGGUGGAGCAGGAGUGCGUCGGGGCCAUCGUUUGUAAGCUGGACAUGCAUAAGAAGAUGUUUCGUCGCGGCUACAUCGCCAUGCUGGCCGUGGACUCAAAACACAGAAGGAAAAGUAUUGGUACUAAUUUGGUGAAAAAGGCCAUCUAUGCCAUGGUGGAGGGGGACUGUGACGAGGUCGUCCUGGAGACGGAAAUCACCAAUAAGUCGGCCCUGAAGCUGUACGAGAACUUGGGUUUUGUCAGAGACAAGCGGCUGUUCAGAUACUACCUGAACGGGGUGGACGCGCUGCGGCUCAAACUGUGGCUCCGCUAGAGGGGGCGCGGGGCGGCGGGUCUCCAGGUGCUGCUCACCUCUAACACUAAGAGCUCAACAGCCUGAGCUCUGCCCUUGGUCAUUACACACACACACAUAUACAUACACACAACAAACACCCCCCGUGUUAAAACGCGAGGAGUUAGCAUCGACACAGACACACCUUCCUUUCCUCCUCGACGUCCGAACAACUAUCGCUUAGGCGGAGAGAGACUGAAACGCCAACAGACGUGUUUCAUUUUUUACAAAGAGGGGUGGCCUCUUCUCCUCCUUCGCCCCCCCUCACCCCCCUGCACUGUGACAUGACAGGAUCCACGAGGACAAGCGGCAUCACACCAAAUAAUCCUGCAGAACACUGGACCAAACAGACCUGCAGGAAAUGACACGCAGGGAAGCAGGAAGCGGCGACCGGGAGGAAAAUAUUUGUGAAGUUUCUUUUGUUGUUUGUUUUGCUUUUUUUUUAAGCUUUUGUUUGGUUGGGGAGGGUUAAAGAUCUAGUCUGACUCAUGUGUUUGUACUGCCACAUGGUCUUCUUUUUUGGGUGUGUGUGUGUGAUUUUUGGUCGUAUGUGCUGCUGUUGGUUUCACUGAGAUUUAAGCGAACAUGUUCUGGGUGACUGCUUGGAUGCGUAAUGUAUGGUUCAGUUUGUUUCUCGUUCUGUCCACUGGGCGCAGCGCCCCCUUCUGCUGUCUCUCCCAUCACCCUGGACCAGAGCCUGUAAACACUUGUUUGUUUUAAUGUGAGAGAAAAACAAAGCUCCUUUUUUGAUCCGGAGCAGUUGUUCAAUUCAAAUCAAUCCACAAUCACCUCAAACUUUUUGCCCAACUGCUUUUUUUUUCACUUUUGAUGUCUUUCACGAUAUCCAACCCUUUCAGGGUUAUCUUGGGGAGUUUAAUUUCUGUUUUUUUUGUUCUCUCUCUCUCUUCAGUACACUGCCAGCCUCUGCAAAAUGCCCCCAAAAGAGACUCUUUGCCAAGGAUGGUGUGGUCAUACAUGUCCAAGCUGUCUCUGUUUGCUAAUUAACAUGAGCAGUCCCAUUCUCAAGUGCCACUCUAUCCAUUAGGACCGACUGGAGUUAGAUCUGCACUUCUGUUCCCUAUGCUGGAUUCCUGUUUGAGUAUGCUGUGUGUAUUUAAACUGUUGAUAAAAAGAAGAAAAAAUAGACAAGUAUUCUUAGCAGAUAACAUUUUAUGCCUUUUGUUUAAGUUCGGUUUAUUUAGGAUUUGUCCACAGUAUGCGUCAAAAAAGCAAGCUGGGUCCACAAUACUCGAUGCACGACUCGCCUCCAGAACCUUCAGAGAGCUCACACUGACUGGCAAAGAAAUACUGCUUCAGCUGGUUUGGGGUCAUUAUUUCCUUUACAACAACAAAAAAGUAAAAUGAACAAGGUCAGAUGCACUUCUUUUUAAAUUGCUGCAGUGUGUACGAGUAAAGAAGAGUGUGUGUACUGUGACUUUAACAGCAGCGUGGGUCGGUUCUGUUCAGAUUUUCUGCGUGGUUAAGUCGGCUUGUUUUUGCGAGCUUCGCCUCAACUUCCUUGGUUUUGUCGACAGUAUUCAAAGCACCGCUGGCAUGCGGCACCAGUGGAAAUGUUUUACCUGUUAUUAACUAGUAGGCAUGGGCUGGUUUCACGUUUUUUACGGCACGGUAUUAAACCACCUAAAUGUUUCUUACUUUCUAAAUUUCCCUAAUUUAGACGCCAUGGUAAGAGUGAGUCGGCGCUGUCGCAUCUCCCGCUCUUUCUGCUGUUGAAAGCCGACAACCUUUUACAAGAAACACAAAUUUGUCUCCUUGGGAAUAUUUUCUACCACAAAGAAAGUAUUGGUUGGGAAGGUAGAAAUGCGCCACCCAUAUCUAAUGAAGCUAAUGGUGUUUUAAAACCACAGCUUGCUAGCGCCUAGCUAUCCAGCAUGGCUAGUCAUAUAAAACCUAGCAGAAUUAGCUGUUUAUUAGCAUUGUCAGGGAGUUUUUAUUACAUUACAUUAACGGUGGAGUUGACAAACAAUGCGUUUUGUUUUUGUACUCGACAGUUUUGGGGGGGUUUUUGUUUGUUUUCAAAAGCAAGCACAACCCGCAGCGAACUCCGUUUCCAUUUUAGCUACGUGCAUUUAAACUAGUAAAUUCUUAAAUUAUUGUGUUGGUUCUCUUGAGUUAAACAUUUUUUCUUUUGUGAUUGGAACACGUUAAAUGGAUAGAGUUAAACAGUUAAAUAGCUAUCGAUAGUAGCCCAGUAAUUUGCAAACCUCGCUGGUUUUCGGAGUUAAACCCGUCAGCUCGGAAGCUCCAACUUCCGACGAUAUUUGAAGGCACCACCUAAUGCCUUCUUGUUGCACUUGUGUUACUCUCCAUAUAACAGAACCAAAAUAAAUAUACCCAGUGCACCAGGAGCACUUGGAAACUACAACUAAAUUUAGUAGAUGUUUAUUUUAAAAUGCUCGGCUAAUUCUAUUUAUUCAAAGGUAAGAUGAUACAAACGUCAUUAUGAGUAAUAAUUUUGUAACUUUUAGCAGGUGUAGGGACAAAGGUAAUCAGAACAUGUAAAUUUUUUGUUUUAAAUUAGCUUAUUAAUACAGUGAAGUGUUCAUUAAACGUACGGUGGGACUCUCAGCCCGGCCCAUGCCUAAUAACAGAACACGCAUGUUAUCAUUUGAAGCUGCCAUGACAGUCUAUGGCUGAACGCCUCUUUCAGAUUUACACUACAUGCGUUUGUUGGCGUUUCAGGUUUAUUGUGGAUGAGCCUAAGAACAGAGCGGCCACGGUCUGUGUGAGUUUGUGUCUGUGUGUAUUUGAAGCCACUGAUCGGAUUACCUAUUUUCCUUUAUUCAGAUUUGUAUAACGGUGUUUUUUUUUAACGUGUGGGGUUGGGACAGAGUUAUUUGACUAGAUUUUUUUAUUUUUAUUUCUGUGCUACUUUAACCCAUUCAGAGGUUCAGUGAGAAUGAUGAGCAAAAAAUAUAUAUAAUAACCUAGACCCUCAGAAGCAAAGUGUUCCUGCUUGUCUGACAUCCUUCAGUUUUAUUGGUGACCCUCUUUAGAGCUCCAGGUUCAUUCUGAAGGUUGACCUUUCCUCAGUCUUUCAAACCGGUUGUUAUUGCUUUUGACGAAAACGAUCCACAAUUCUCUCAAUUCUGCAAGUAUUGGUCACUUCCUGGAAUUUCCAGGGCAUUACAGCCUCCAUUCAGGCCAUGAUCACAGACUGAAGGGCUUUGUCAUCAUCAAUUCAUAGCCACUGACUGGUGUUGCAUUCAUUUCAUAAAGCGUCAGCCAGACGAAGUAAGGCGGCCGGCUGCCACCCAACAGGUCUGACCAUAAAUUCCCAGCUAAAAAAAAACAACCCACGCCUCUCAGAUUAUUAUUGGCUCAGCCACGCAGAGGUUCCUGCAAGUCCUUCAGAGACAGACGCACCACCUCCAACGAGAGACCCACGCGGCAGGAAGAAAGGGGGAGAGGAAGUCGUUUAUUUUUGCAUGUCUGUCCCCACACACUCACACGCUGCUCCUCUCCCCCUCACCUCUCCUCUCUCCUUCAUUUUCGAUCUGGAAAUGUCCAAUGGCUUUUAUUUAAUGUGGAAAAAGAACACAGAAAUAAAUUAUUUGAUUUCUUUUUUUAAUGCUGUAAAA